GGCGCCGUAAAAUGGCAACGGGGACGAUUCUUAAAAUAGUUGGAGCAGGACUAGGUGGUGCUGUACUCAUGGCAUGUCUCGGCUGUUUUGUCUGGUACAAACGCAAGAAGAGGAAACAAGCUAUAGCUUCAAAUGAGUUCGUGCGAAGUGGAUCUUCAAUGACGUCAUAUAGUAAAGACCUUGAGUUGGAUGGUUCUCCUCAUAUCUUCACUUUCGAGGAACUCGAAGUGGCUACUGAUGGAUUUAGUGCUUCAAGGGAGCUUGGUGAUGGUGGUUUUGGUACUGUCUACAAAGGAAAACUAAAGGAUGGGAGAGUAGUUGCGGUGAAACGCCUUUACAAGAACAACUACAGACGGGUUGAGCAGUUCCUGAAUGAAGUUGACAUCCUUUCGCGCCUGCUCCACCAGAACCUUGUCAUCUUAUAUGGAUGUACGUCGCGUAUGAGCCGUGACCUUCUCCUGGUGUACGAGUUCAUCGCAAAUGGCACGGUUGCGGACCAUCUUCACGGAUCCCGUUCGGUGGAACGAGGGCUCACAUGGCCUCUAAGGCUGAACAUUUCCAUAGAAACGGCUGAAGCACUAGCCUACCUACAUGCGGUUGAGAUCAUACACCGAGAUGUGAAGACAACCAACAUAUUGCUCGACAACAGCUUCCAUGUCAAAGUUGCAGACUUUGGGUUGUCACGCCUGUUUCCGCUUGAGGUUACCCAUGUGUCGACUGUUCCACAAGGCACACCGGGCUACGUCGACCCAGUGUACCACCAGUGCUACAAGCUGACCGACAAGAGUGACGUGUACAGCUUCGGUGUUGUGCUAGUGGAGCUGAUAUCAUCGAAACCUGUUGUGGACAUGAGCAGGAGCCACAGUGAGAUCAACCUGGCGAACAUGGCUCUCAACAGGAUUCAGAACCAUGAAGUUGUUAAGCUAAUUGAUCCAGAGCUCGGCUACGACACCGACCCCGAAACGAAGAGGACAAUCGAUUGCGUCGCCGAGGUGGCCUUCCAGUGCUUGCAGCUGGAGAGGGAUCAGAGGCCGUCGAUCAAGGAGGUGGUGGAGAUCCUGACUUGCGUCAGGGGCGGAGACUGUCGGGCUAAUAGCAUGAAGAAGAAGGCAUCUCAGAAAGAGGACGCGUCUUUGCUCAAGGAUGGCUUGCAGUUCUCGCCCGACACAGUUAUACAUAGAUUCUAUAGCCAGUCAACUAACCACUCGGUUGCGUCAAAUGCUAGCGGAUUAUCUAUAAUGGCAAAUGCUGAAAAGAAUGCAGCAUAGGCCCUUUUGGCACUCUUUGAGAUUGACAAAACAGAAAAUAAUAUUAAAGCUCGGCAAAAUGGGGUAUCU